AUGAGACCUGGCUCUGCGGCGUCAGACGCGAGGGACGGGCUGCGAGAGAGUGCAGGCCCGCGCAUUUCUUCUCUCAGAAGUCGAAUGGCGUGCCGAGGACGCGCCUCGCAAGAAACUGGGUCGGCUGCCGCCCCGCUUACUAGCGGCUUUCCUCCGAGCGCGCUCGCGUCGCGCUCUCCGGGGGGCGAAUGCUGCAGCAGUUGCCUUCCGGUCCUCGUCCCGCCUCGCGCGUGGGGAGCGACGCACGUGGAAGGCGAAGUCGAGGACGACUUGCAGGCCUCUUGCAGAACCCAGCCGCUCGCUUCUUCGGCGUCCCCCGAGCGACAGUCGCGACGCCCUCUCCACGCAGAGAAGGCUGACGCUGCGCUACCAAGCUUUCAAGCUCCAGGGCAUGCAGACUGCAGAGGCACAGAUGGAUUUGCUGCAGAUGCCCCAGCAAGUGCGCUACCGGUGCCGAUAGCUCCUCGCGCGCUUUCGACUCGCACCGACGCCCGCGCUGACAGCAGCGCAUCCCCAAGCCGGGAUGGCCACGACCCCGCUCGCGUCUCUGUUUCAGCUGCCCCACUUCGGUGUGCAUCGCCACGAAGACAGGAGACGGCGGACGCUCCAGCGCGUUCCCUCUCGUCGCCUUGCAGCGGAGCCUCGACCUCGCCGUCGUCGCAGAUUCAGGCAGGCGCCUCUCUGUUGGCGAGCCUCCGUGUUGCUGGCGAUGCGCCUUCCGGGAAGGCUGCCUUCGACUUUCUGGGCGCCGCCUCAGCGCUCUCUCAGGUCCGCGAGUGCUUUCUCAGAGACAGCUCCGUCGCAGCGUCCGCCUCAGAAAGACGCAGCCCGCCGCGCACAAGGACCGGCGAGCCAUGCGGUGACGCUCGCGCGUAUCUCUCCAGAGAGACAGCGACCGCCGCAGUCUCCACUCGCGCAGCUGCAGGCCGCGGACUCGACUCCACCGCAGACGGUCUGAGAAAUCGAGACUCCGAGUGCAAAAUAAACGUAGUCUCUGCGCAUGCAGCUGUCGCGCCAACGGGUAACGGGCAGAUGAGGACAGCAGCCGCAGGCGAUGCGUCGCCGCCACUGUCAGCGAGUGAAGGCGUAGGCUCCAACACUCUCUCAAGCAGCGCGUGUGAGGAGACAGGGAGAGACCGGCCUCAAGCCGCUGUCGCCGCGGAACUGGGGCUAGGUGAAUCUGAGAGGGAGGUGCACGUCAAUAGUGCGAGUGAAGAGGCCAGCGCCGAGCUGGAGCGAGAGGGUGGGCGUGUGUUGGAAGGCCUGCAACACAUCCUGACGAACUUAACCGAGCCGCCUCAAGGAACAUGUGGGAUGACCGCGGCGGAACGCUGCCUGGGUGGACGCGCGUUGCUUCCGCGGCCUUUAGGGGCGCCGCAUGAAGACAGAAACAGUCAACAAAGCGAGCCCGGAGGCGGCAAUGGUGCUCAGCCGCCGAAUGCUCUGAAACUUUUAGCCGCCUGCGCGAUGGAAUCAAACGCGACGAAAGCGGAGCUGCAAGGCCCGCGGAGUCACGCAGACGCCGGCCCUCGUCCGCGUAGUGCGGCGCCGCGCGUUGGCAUGGACAUCGGGGAGCGCGAGGCGAUACAAGCCGAUGCAGAGGUGUUAGGAUGCGAGGAGGUGCCUCAGGAGGGUUCCAAGACACACGCGGAGUCGACGUCAGCCCCGGCGACCGCUUCACGUCUCCUCCCCGCCGUCGGGCCUCGCCUGCAGAGCGAGACCCCGGAACGCGGGCAAAGACGAGAGACAGACGAGCGCGAGGAAGCCGGCGAAAGGGCCUAUCGGGAGCGUGCCAGUCUGGUGGCGAAAAUGAUAUCCGAGCUAGGGGCGAACGAGGGAGCAGCGACGCAGGACGGAGACGCUCGACCCGAAUGCGUGGGACGCGCUGCAAGUUUGGAAGAGGUAAAAGGCUCUGUGGACGAAGAGGUGAAGGCGCAGACGCGCCCGGGGGUCAGGCGCGGAGCAAAUAUUGCACAGCAGACCUUCGACAGAGAGGAGGAGGGAGGCGAGCCGGCCGGGCAGAGAGACGUGAUGGAUGCUCGUCGGGAGGAGGUAUCGCGCGCUGGGCACGGCCUCAGCGUCUCUGGAGAGGCGUCACUGCCGGCGGGCGCCGCCAAGCCCUCGAUGGAUGAACCUGCCGCCACUCUCGCGAGUGAAAGGGAGGCGCAGCUGUGCCACCGCGUGGGCGACGAAGCCCUCAAGGGAGGAGAAGCGUCGAGAGAGGAGAGCGAGCAGCCUUCAGGUUUGCGAGAGAGGGAGGAUGGAAAUGCGCGUCCUGCGCAUUUUUCACAAAAAGUCCCGCAGGUUCCGGUGCGCGAGGAGCGUCUGUCAGGGAAUGGUGCCGCCCGCGCGUCUGGCACCUCUCUAGAGCCGCGCCCUGCGACGCUCCACUCGGACUCGCCGCGGGACGCGGACCUUCUUCUUGAACGUCGGCGGCACAGCAAGGAAGUUUUCGCCGCCCCUUCUGGCUUGCCAUCACGCGAGACGCUCCACCCCGCACCCCCCGCUCCCGAGGCGUCUUCGCCGCCUGGACAGCCCAGCAUACAGUGUUCCUCACUGGGGUCGUCGGGAGGCCCAGGCGACGACGGUGUUCCUGGCGGCGCCGCUUUUGGCGCCUCGGGUCCACGAGAUUCGCGCGUUGGUUUCCAGGCUGCGGCGCCCUCGCAUGCGCCGACUUGGCGCCAGGCGCGUUGGCAGGACGCGGACUGCUUCCCGCCGCUUGCUUCGCCACCUCCUCCCUCCGCGUCGCCGACGCCGUGUCGCUCUUUUCUGGCGGGCGCGCCCUGCCCGACUGCGAGGCUGCCGAGCUCCAGUCGAGCGAGAAACAAGCGCGUGUGGACCUGCGCGCCGCCGGACUUCUUCGUGGAUGGGCAGCUCGAAAUGGCAAACGAGAUCAGCGCACCCGCCCGCCCCACAGAGUCUCACCCGGAGCGCGAGGUGCGAGAAGAGGUGCCUGGAGGCGCCCCAAGUGCCAGCGCAGCGGUGUCUGGUGAUCACGCGACGCUCGUGUCUGCGGGUAGUGUCGAGACUUCUUUCCAGCCCGCGCCCGCAAGCCUCGCUCCUUCGCCCGCUUCGUCUCUGCCACCAGAAGUUUCCGCGCCGGCCUGCGCAUCCGAUGCUUCUUCGUCGUCAGAAAGUCUGUUGGCCUCCAGGGACGCGCCGGCAGGUCUCGCUUGUGGUUCUCCGUGUCGGGACUCAAUAGGGACUUGCGUGUCACCUGCCUUCUCGGAGGCGGGUGUCUCUGCUUCCGUGGCCGUUCCCGAGACGGGCGCGCCGUUCUUGUCUGUGGCAUCGUGCGCAGAGAGCUUUGCUGGGCCUUCUCAGCCGGCUACAUCUUCAGCGCCUUCAUCAUCGCCUCUUCUUUCGCCGGCGAUACGUGGUUCGAUUCCGGGAUCAUCAUCACCUGCGCGGGUUCUGGGUGAAUCCCCCGGCGACAUGCCGCGCGUCCCCGCUUCAUUACAGCCUUGCCUUCCUUCGCAGACGGCUGUGGAACGCUCUUAUUCCUUGCCCGCGUCAGCUGCGUACCCGAAGGCCAAUGCGCGCGCUGCAGGGCUCGCCGCGCCUUCCGCCGCGGCGAGCCCUGCGGAGGCGCUGGAGAAGGCAGAGGACAGAGAGAACAACGAGAGUGCGGUUUGUUUGGCUUUAGCCUCAGCUGCUCAAAAGGAGCUAUCCGUCCGCAACGAUUCGAAAUCGCCUGGCGUCGAGGCGUGUGAGAAGCUGAAGCUCCGCGUGUCUAUUGUCGAUGGCGCUUUGGCGUCUGCUCGGGAGGGCCUGCGUCUUCCUCCUUCUCCACAGGCAUCUGCCGCCUCGCUGUCGCAGGCCUCCCUGCCUCCUCCAGUCUUGUACGAAUCCUCUCUGUGUUCCGACGGCGUCGUCGCCAGCUGGGCGCCAGCGGCUGUGGCGAGCGUUCCGACAGCGACGAAGGAAUUCCAUGACAAGGGGAGUGCAGGACCCCAUCCGGGACUGGGUUCGCUCUCGACGCAGCGUAAGGAGCCUGCCUUUUGCAUGCGCGAGCAUAUGACGCAGAAUGGGGAAGAGAUGCAGGAGUUCGUGUCAACAAAAGAUGCACAUGCCUUUCCCGCUGUGUGUUCAUUCCCGCUGUCGAAGUGCGCAUCGGGAACGCCUGAUGCACCAGCAUCCACCCCUGACAAACCCGGCGCAGGCGUGCAUCGGGAAGCCUCUCCUGUAAGUGAGGCGCCUCAGAGUCUUCCUCCUCGUCCACGCACAUCUGGUGUCCGCGCGGCCUGCCCGGCCUCUGCAUACUCCUCACCGACCCACCCUUCGCCUUGCGAGUCACCGUGGCCUUCCGUAUCUCUGCCUCCUUCCUCACCUGCCACCGCAGGGGCGAGACGCACAGACCCUGUCUCCGGGCAGGGACUGCAGGUUCGCUUCGAAGCUCCAGAGAAUGCCGCGCGUGAGGCGACGAAGCGGAGGAAGACGCUGUGGGCCUCUGACCCCUCGGGGGCCUCGGCGAGUGACGGGCAAUGUUCAGAGCUGCCGUGCGCGUUUGGGCAAGUGUGCAGCCCGCCGAGCGCAAAAGCAAGCCGCUCCCGCGCUGCACAGGCCGCGAACAUCUCUGAAUCGAAGGGGGCGGAGCCGCAGGGUGCGGGCACUUUCUCGCCUCAGGAUCGGCGCGACCUGGAGAUCCUCGAGCGUGUGGGUCGAGUCCGUGUUGGAGACCGGAUCGAGGUAUGUUGGAGCAUCACUGCCGGAGGCGGAGAAAAAGUGCAUGGCGAGGGAAAGACGAAACGAAGCGAGACACGCGGGAAACGCCAUCGCAGCGAGGCGGGCGGCUCAAAACAGCGAGAGAGUUACGCGGGAAGCGGGGCGCGCGCGGGCCUACCCGAGAAAGAAAACUCUGGCAGUUUCCACUGCGGAAGCGCAUCUUCGCUAGCCAGCAGCAGGCUGUCCUCCUCCGCAGUGUCAGACGGGAGUGGUGAGGCGAGUGACGGGGAAGGCGCGCCCUCCUCAGCUUCUGAGGAAAAAUUCGUGUGGUGGCCUGCGCGUGUGGCGUGGUUCCCUGGCGCGCGGCGCGUCGGUCACGAAGACGGCGGGCGGCGCGUCAUGCUGCUGCAGUACGAGGCGUUUGAGGGCUUCCCGGCGGAGUCUGCGCUGGUCGUCUUCAUCGGUCCCAACCAGCUCCUCCACCUCGGCGCGCCGCCGCCCGAGGAGGCCCACCCUGCGGAUGUGCACCGAGUCCGGGGGGGCGACGGACAAGUCGGGGUACGGACGCAGCGGCGAGAGAGCCCAGCGGCUGGCGACGGCAAGCCCGACUGCCGCGAAGGAGGGAGACAAAAACGCGAGAGAGAAGAACCAGAGCCCGCAGGGGCGCCUGCAUCGUUUCUGGAGACGGACGCGCCGACCCUCAUUUUCAAACGGCCAGGCGAACCGCCGCCAGAGGACUGUGAUGUCGAGAUCGACGAUGGGGCUUCCUUUUCAAUCGCGGAGAUCCUUCAAGAGCAAGCUCGUUUGGAUCAGGAACAGGGAACCACGGACACGCCGAGUGCGCUGCACGUCCUCCACUCGCAGUUCGACGCUUUACCAUUGCUGACGCAAAUGUGUAUGGCAGCAGGGUACCGGCACUUCGCAGACCAAUUCCUGACUUGGCUAGGCGAGGUUGUGCGCGCGCGCGGUGACGGAUGCACGCUUUCCAAAGACGACAUCGACCGGUUCGCCUCGACGCUACGCAGGGAUAGCAACUCUACGGGGCUGUCGUCGUCGUUCAGUCACUGA